CCAGAUACAAAUCCGUGGAGGCUACCUAUGCGUUAGCGUUCCCUGAUUUCGCUCCCUACUCCUCUUUCUCUCAUGAUUUUGGAUGAUCCUCUUUCUUUAACCUCGAAGAGGAGGCGGAUCACAGCCAUUGAUUCCAUGGAUGCUGAAGCAGCUAAGGCCAAGCUUGCAGCUAUCAAGGAAAGGUUUGGACGAGAGAUCCGUGUAUUCGAAACAUCUUCAGUUUCUGCAGCACCAAAUGCUACAGCUAACAAUGAAGAGACUGAUGAUUUCUAUGAGUUCACCGCUGAAGAUUAUUAUCAACUGUUGGCUACUAAAAAGGAAGAUAAAUUCUUGAAGACUCGCAAGAUCCGAGAAGCAGAAGAGGCGGCUCGUAGGUCAAGAAUGACCAAAGCUGUUAUUAGAGUUCGCUUUCCUGAUAAUCACACAUUAGAGGCUACAUUUCACCCUUCCGAAACACUCCAAAGUUUAGUUGAUUUACUCACCAAAGUGAUUGCACAACCAGAACAGCCAUUCUGUAUAUAUACUACUCCCCCAAGGAAGCUGAUUAAAGACAUGUCUCAAGAUUUUUAUGCUGCUGGCUUUUGUCCCGGUGCCAUCGUGUACUUUUCUCAUAAUACUCCCCUAGGUGAAAGCAGCAUGGCUGAACAUACAGGGCCCUUCCUACUAGAGGAUGUCGUGUCUUUGAAGGGGUUGGAUGUAACUAAUGACCAUGGCCAGCAAUCUGAACCUGUACAGUCUGCACCUGAACCUGUUGAAGCUUCACAAACCCCUGCUGUUCAAGAACGCAAGCCUGCUGAUAAAAAGCUUGUCAAGCCGAAGUGGUUAAAAAUGUGACAUCAAUUAUUCAUGGUUGAAGGGGCCUGCAUUUGUUCUUUAGGGUAGCGAUCAUGACUUUGGGCGGUGAUUGCUGCAGGGGAAAUUCGCUUGUGCUUGAUGUGGAACUAUAUAUGGAUUAAUUAAUGUUCCCGUGAGGCGGCUUUUUCAUGUGGUUAAAUUAACGUUACCUCUAUGAUUGUUUAUGUUGAAGUGGGUACACAAGAACCUUCCUCAGUGUCUCGUGAUGAAUCCAAAAGCAUGCUGCCUAGUUGCUUCUCUCUUCCAUUUGUCAGUACUUUGUAGAUAAUUAUCUGUAGCCCUGAGUGGUUUUCCUUCCUUCUGCUAAUGUUGCAUGCAUCACAGAAGGUAUCGACGCCUGAGACUUUUUUUUUUUAAAAUGGUGAACAUUCUCUAAUGCAAGCAUGGAAUCUUGAGAUGGCUGUUGCUUCUUGCUAAUGCUAUCCUGUAAGUUCGUCUGCUCUGUGGGCUUCUAGAACUCGAGAGCGUAAGGUAUUGUUUCGCCUGCACGGAUCAGGAUAUGCCUAUUGUGUAGGUACCUGCACUUGUUGAUGCCGAGUAUGUUGCCUAGUUUAGUCAUCUUUCUUGAUGAACAUUCUUGAGGAGAAUUAUCAGCCACAUUGGCAGCACAUGAAAACCCUGGAUUUGUAUUUCGUUUGCACAAUGUUUGGAUGCACAGGCAUUUAGAUUUGGAUUUGGGUUAAAUUUGUUGUUUAGAUAAUUAAUGCAUAUAUUUGGAUUUGAAAUUUGAAAUUAAUGUAUAGAUUUUCAAAUUUAA